UAAAGCCUCGUUGUUUCCCCGAUAUGCUAACGCACUCGGAUAUCCCAAAAAACGUUCGACGGAGCCCUACUCCUCUCCACCCUCUCUCUCGAUCACAGGCGCAGCAACUCUAGCACCGUUGAUCGCUCCCACCCUUAGCGACAACUCCGCCAUCACCAUCCGACAGCCCCACUGCCUCCUAUCGACGGACAAUACUCCUCCACCAGGAGAUGUGCUUUUUGCUUAUACAUAUGGACGAGUUCAAUUCACCUGACAGCAUGGGUAGAUGAAUAUGCAUCACUGAAGGUGAUGUUUACGUUGGGAUUCUCAUGUGGAACUAUAAAAGUCUUAGUUAUGAUGCUCUUGAUGUUUAGGAGCCUACAGGAUAAAGAUGAAUGUGCAGACACAUAUGUCAGGACAAUUUUCCGGGCAGAUUCCUAAUCAAGCAGGCACUCAGUUGCCUGGACUACCUCAGCAGAAUGGACUCUCUCUUUCUAACCAGAUACAAAAUCUAGGGGAUCAUGGUAAUACACUGAAUAUGGAGACUGAGUUUGCGAAAGCACGCAGAUUUAUACAAGAUAAAAUCUAUGAAUAUUUUAUGAAGCGGCAACAAGCUCAUGAUAUACAUCCAAAGAAGCUUAUGGAUAUUGUAAGACGCCUAGAUGAGGGUCUAUUCAGGAAUGCUGGCAAUAAUAAGGACGAAUAUCUGAACCUGGAGACUCUGGAGAAUCGUUUGCAUGUUUUGAUAAAAUGUUUACCAAUGAUUAAUCACAACCAACCAUAUCCGCAGCUUCUUAAUUCUUCCUCUCCUAUUGGUACAAUGAUACCAACCCCUGGUAUCCCUCAUGGUGGGACUUCAAGCAGAUUGGUUGCAUCAUCUGUAGAUACUUCCAUGAUUUCUACAGGUGGGGAUCAGAGCAUGGUACCUGCAACUCUUAAUACUGGAAGCUUCGUAGCAACUUCUAAUGGUUCUUCUGUUGGGAUGCACGGUGGUUCUUUCUGUUCAUCUGAUGGUUCUAUGUCUAAAGGAUACCAACAUUCACGUGCCAGUUUUUCCAUGAAUUCCGGUGGGAACAGCGGGGUGUCCUCAACUGGUGUACAGAGAAUGACAAGCCAAAUGAUCCCUACCCCUGGAUUUAAUGCUAACAAUAAUCCACCUUACAUGAAUAUGGAAUCUUCCAAUAAUACUGGUGCCUUUUCAACUGUUGAAUCUACGAUGGCAUCACACCCCCUGGAACAAAAGCAGCAUGCUGGUGGUCAAAACAACCGGAUACUGCACAACCUUGGUAGCCAUAUGAGUGGCGGACUUAGGUCUGGCUUGCAGCAGAAAUCUAACGAAUUUCCGAAUGGUAGUUUAGGUAUGAUGCGGAGCAGUUCGCAGUUGCUCAAUUGUCCUGGAACUUCUGAGGGCUAUCUGACGGCCACCCCAUAUGGCAGUUCACCCAAACCCUUGCACCACUACGAUCAACAUCAGAGACCAUUGAUGCAGGGUGAUGGAUAUGGGAUGAACACUCCAGUUUCUUCUGGGCCUGGAAGCGUUUAUGGUCCUCUAAUGUCUUCUGGUUCACCAAUGAAUAAUCAGAAUUUGAAUCCAGCAAACUUGCAGUCUAUGUCCAGAACCAACCCACCUUUGAUGACUAAUCAGUCGAAUUUGCUAACCACCCAGCAGGCUUCAAAUGUAAGACUUCAAUCAAUUGAUCAACCUGAAAAGAUGAAUAUCCUAGCUUCAAACUCAUUCCGAGAAAAUCUCUUGCAGUCUCACCAUCAGCACCAAUUUCAGCAGCACCCUCAUCAGUCGCAACAGCACUUUGUUCAACAAAAGCAGCAAUUUCAGCCGCAUGGGAUGCUGUUAAAGAAUGAGUCUUUUGGCCAUUCUCAGCUGGCUUCUGAUCUAUGCAUUCAGCUAAAGCCUGAGCAUGGAAUUGAGUAUAACAAUGAUGCUAUGCACUCACAAGUUUCAGAGAAGUUCCAGUUUUCUGAGUUGCAGAACCAAUUGCGACAAAAUUCUGCUGACAUUAACUCUGGAGGCACUCAGUUGCUUUCUCUUCCAUCUGUCUCGCAGGACAAAUGCUCAUCACUCACUCAAUCUUCACAACCAAGGCAACAACUUUUGCAUCCUCACCAGCUGGUUGUUGAGACACAGAAUGAUUUUAGCUGUCUUUCUGUUGGAGGACAAGCUGAAAGGCUUUUGCCAGGUCAAUGGCAUCCCAAGUCACGAGACAGGUCUCAAAUACCAGGGAACUUGUCACAUGAGCCGAAUAUUCAAGAGGAAUUCCAUCAGAGAAUAACUGGGCAAGAUGAAGCUCAACGCAAUAAAUUAUCGUCAGAAGGAUCUCUUUCUCAAACUGCCAUUAUAAGAACAGCAGAUCUAACAAACUCUUGUGGUGCUACCUGUCGAUCUGGUAAUCCAGACCGUGAAAGGCAGUUCAGGAAUCAACAAAGGUGGUUAUUGUUUUUACGGCAUGCUCGUCGAUGUAUGGCUCCAGAAGGGAAAUGCCAGGAAGUUAACUGCAUAACUGCUCAAAACCUUUGGAAGCAUGUGGACCGCUGCAAUGUGCCUAGAUGUCCAGAUCUUCGUUGCCACCAAACAAAGAUGUUACUUCAGCAUUACAAAGAUUGCAGGGACCUGGGUUGCCCUGUUUGUGUUCCUGUGAAGAAUUUCGUUGAGGCACAACUGCAGGCACAUGCUCGUCUAGAUUCUAAGUCUGGCAUGCCAUCUUCAACCAAUGGAUCAUAUAAAUCAUAUGACACUGCAGACUCCGCAACUCGAUUAACUUCAAGGAUAAGUCCACCAUUUGUUGUAACUUCAGAAGAUUUACAGUCUUCUAUGAAACGCGUAAAGAUGGAGCAACCCUCCCAGUCUCUUGUUUGUGAUAGUGAAAGCUCUAUCUUAUCAGUUCCUGCUAGCAGUGAAUUCCAUGUACUCCAUGAUGCACGUCGGGAAUAUCAACAUGGUGACACUUGCAUGUCAAUUAAAGCUGAGGUCAUAGAAGUGAAGAGGGAAGUUCCUUCGAGUUCUCGGCAAGAAAAUCCUAAUAUCACUGAUGCGAAGAAGGGCUAUAUGGAUGAUGCCUAUGAUCAGAAACCUAUUGGUGAACGUAUUAUAUCACAUAAUUCUGCUGGUUCUGCUCAACAAGAAUCUAUCAGAAGUGAGAAAGAGAUGGCCCAAUCUAAAGAGGAAUGUGUUUUGUUGCCUGCUGAAAAUGCAUCUGGAACCAAAUCUGGGAAGCCAAAAAUAAAGGGAGUGUCAUUGACCGAGUUGUUCACUCCUGAGCAAGUCAGGGAGCAUAUUAUGGGUCUCAGGCAGUGGGUUGGCCAGAGUAAAGCGAAGGCAGAAAAAAAUCAAGCAAUGGAGCAUUCAAUGAGCGAGAACUCAUGCCAGUUGUGUGCAGUUGAGAAGCUAACUUUUGAGCCACCACCUAUCUAUUGUUCACCAUGUGGUGCUCGCAUUAAAAGAAAUGCAAUGUAUUAUACCAUAGGAGCUGGUGAUACUCGACACUUCUUCUGCAUUCCAUGCCACAAUGAGGCCCGUGGAGAUACUAUUCUAGUUGAUGGAACUUCUAUUCUGAAGGCAAGGCUGGAGAAGAGGAAAAACGAUGAGGAGACAGAAGAGUGGUGGGUUCAAUGUGACAAGUGUGAGGCAUGGCAGCAUCAGAUCUGUGCACUGUUCAAUGGUCGGAGGAAUGAUGGUGGGCAAGCUGAAUAUACUUGUCCAAACUGCUAUAUAGCUGAAAUAGAAAGAGGGGAGCGUAUGCCCUUGCCACAGAGUGCUGUUCUUGGGGCAAAAGAUUUGCCCAGGACAAUCCUCAGUGACCGCAUAGAGCAACGAUUAUUCAGGCGAUUGAAGCAGGAAAGACAAGAGAGAGCAAGGUUUCAGGGAAAGAGUUACGACGAGGUUCCAGGAGCAGAAGCACUUGUAGUUAGAGUUGUUUCAUCAGUUGACAAAAAGUUGGAUGUUAAGCAGCGGUUCCUUGAGAUUUUUCAAGAGGAUAAUUAUCCAACAGAAUUCCCAUAUAAAUCCAAGGUAGUAUUAUUAUUUCAGAAAAUUGAAGGCGUGGAAGUAUGCCUGUUUGGCAUGUAUGUGCAAGAAUUUGGGUCGGAGUGUCAACAGCCAAACCAUCGUCGUGUUUAUCUAUCCUAUCUGGAUUCUGUUAAGUAUUUCAGGCCUGAGAUUAAAGCAGUGACGGGAGAGGCACUCCGUACAUUUGUUUACCAUGAAAUUUUGAUUGGAUACCUCGAAUAUUGCAAGAAACGUGGUUUCACGAGUUGCUACAUAUGGGCUUGCCCUCCAUUAAAGGGUGAAGACUAUAUAUUAUAUUGCCAUCCAGAAAUUCAGAAAACACCAAAAUCUGACAAACUCAGAGAAUGGUAUUUAUCAAUGUUAAGAAAAGCUGCAAAGGAAAACAUUGUGGUUGAGCUCACCAAUUUAUAUGACCAUUUUUUCAUAUACGCUGGAGAGCGCAAGGCCAAGGUAACUGCUGCUCGGUUACCUUAUUUUGAUGGGGAUUACUGGCCUGGUGCUGCAGAAGAUAUGAUCUACCAGCUUCGUCAAGAAGAAGAUGGCAGAAAGCAACAUAAGAAAGGAAUCACCAAAAAGCCCAUAACGAAAAGGGCACUAAAAGCAUCUGGUCAUUCUGAUCUUUCUGGCAAUGCCUCAAAGGAUUUGUUACUAAUGCAGAAACUUGGUGAAACUAUUAUCCCAAUGAAGGAAGAUUUUAUCAUGGUUCACUUGCAGCCUGCAUGCACUCAUUGCUGUAUUCUAAUGGUAAUUGGAAAUCGUUGGACUUGCAACCAGUGCAAAGAUUUUCAGCUCUGUGACAAGUGUUAUGAAGCUGAACAAAAACUUGAAGAAAAAGAGAGACAUCCUAUCAAUCUGAGGGACAAACAUGUGCUUUAUCCAGUUGAAAUCAAUGAUGUACCAGAAGAUACCAAGGAUACAGAUGAUAUUCUUGAGAGUGAAUUCUUUGACACCAGACAGGCAUUUUUAAGUCUUUGUCAAGGAAAUCAUUACCAGUAUGAUACCCUCCGCCGAGCUAAACAUUCCUCUAUGAUGGUCCUAUACCAUCUCCACAAUCCAACUGCUCCUGCAUUUGUGACAACAUGCAACGCAUGCCAUCUUGAUAUUGAAGCUGGUCAAGGUUGGCGCUGUGAGAUUUGUCCUGAUUAUGAUGUAUGCAAUGCUUGUUAUCAAAAAGAUGGAGGAAUUGAUCAUCCUCAUAAGUUGACUAAUCAUCCAUCGAUGGCUGAUCGUGAUGCUCAGAACACAGAAGCUAGGGAACUAAGAGUACUACAGCUUAGGAAAAUGCUUGACCUUCUGGUGCAUGCAUCUCAGUGUCGAUCUUCCCUUUGCCAGUAUCCAAAUUGUCGCAAGGUGAAGGGUCUUUUCCGACACGGAAUACAAUGCAAAACACGCGCUUCUGGGGGCUGUCUUCUUUGUAAGAAGAUGUGGUAUCUCCUUCAGCUUCAUGCUCGAGCUUGCAAGGAAUCUGAGUGCCACGUGCCACGUUGCAGAGAUUUGAAAGAACAUAUGAGGAGGUUGCAACAGCAGUCUGAUUCCCGACGAAGGGCAGCAGUGAUGGAGAUGAUGAGGCAACGUGCGGCUGAGGUUGCUGGCAAUGCUGGGUGAUAGGGUGUACAUGUAAUUAUAGUUGGUUUCCAGAAGAGCUUCCAAAGGGAUUUUAGCUAGUGUUUGAAGCAACUCUGUUGAGAGCGGGGAUUGGGCAGUGUGACCUGAGUGGAAUUUUGGAGUUUAAAGGGGGAUGGUGAACCGAAAUCGGUUGGAUAAUAAUCACUUGAUAGUAGACAGCUCAUUCAUCCAUGUCUUCGAUGGCUAUGCUCUCCACAAGGACUUGUUGAUCGGAAGUGCCUCAUCUUUGACACCUUUGAAAGAGUGCUCGUGUGCUUUCGACUCUUGGCAAUUUGGUGAUUCUUUGAUUGUAUCCUGUUCUUGUAUGCAUCCAGUGCCACCAUUGUUGGCGAUUGUACUAUAGUUUCUAACCUGUGUAGAAUUUUUUGUUUUUCUUCUUCCAAAAGGGAUUUGAGAGAGCUAUAUGUUAAGUCUUUUUGUUUAUGUAUGUUCUUCUUCCCUCGAUUAUCCAGUUGUAGGUUGUAUUCUUCAUAAAGAUGAGUAAAUUGAAGUGGUUCGAAAGAAGCUAUCAAUUACUUUUUCCUUCUU